AUGAUAGAUAUAAUAGAACCAUGCAAUCGCAUACGAAUACCAGAAGGGAGCAGGAUAACAUCAAUUGCGAAUGAUCACAGUAAAAUAUACGCUGGAUUGUCCAAUGGUGAUGUAUUGGUGUACACGAAAUCCCCCACUCCUGACAAUAAAGAGCAACCAGGGAGUGCUGCAACAACCACAUCAGGAAAGAUCCGCUCCUUAAACGACGUCAAGAGCUUGUUUAGUGAUAACUCCGAAUCCAAGUUUGUUUCAUUGACUGCCACUUUCAAGAACGUGUCUAGUGAUGGAACGGCUAUUGAUAAUAUAACGACGGUUAAAUUAGGCGGCGAACCGGUCAAGUCGGUCAUCGUGGUUACUACCGAGUCCAGCGUCCGGAUAUUUGAAAUCAUAGGAACACACAUCAAUCAGAUCUACAAAGUUGAGGACUCAAAAGCUGCCAGUGCAGUGUUGUAUUUGGAACAGCACGAGCAAAGACUAUUGUACGUUGGUAUAAAAAAGAAACUCGUGGUGUUUCAAAUUUCCAACAAGACCAGGAAUUUGUUCCUGUUUGUCAAAUUACACGAGCUUACCAUGAAGGAUAAGAUACGUACCAUUGACAAGUUUAAUGGGAAGAUUCUUGUCGGGUUGAGUACUGAUUACUGGAUCAUUAAUGACCAAUUUGAAGUUAGUCCCCUCGAUGACACAUUCACACAUCCUACUUCAUUCAGUUACUUUGGAUUGAGCCCAGUACCACGAUUAUGGACGAUUAAUCAAGAUGAUACAACUUUACUUGUAAGGGAUACACAAGCUGUUACCAUAGAACCAGACUUAACAAUGGCGGUUUCUCCAGUAAAAUUUCAAAGCGUCCCGUUGCAGAUUGUUUCUAUAUACCCAUUAUACCUACUUGCUGUAUACCUGAAGAAGAUAGAAGUUAUCGAUCUGGAAACUGGAGAUCUAAUUCAACGAUUCCAGCAUUAUAUCAAUUCAAAUCAGAUAUACAUAACUGGAGAUGAUGCCCAAAUCACCAUAUCUUCCGGGAGUGACAUUCUCCAAUUUACAAUUGCACCAUAUCAACAACAAAUCGAUCAGUAUUUAGCAUUAUCGGGACCAGUCACAGACGAACCAAAAAAUGAUUUAAAACACAAGGGUCUAGCCAAAGCUAUAUCACUCGUGACGAAAAUCCCAGUACAUGACAGUUUAUUCACAGGCGAGAAAGCUAAGCAUAUGAUGUUGCGGAAACUAUAUACCUCCAAAGCAAUUCUCUUGUUUAACUCAUAUUCCAAGUAUCAUGAGGCAUUAGUUGAAAUUGGUUCUGAAUGGCUUGUUUCAUUCCAUGACAUACUCAGUCUCUUUCCUGACUUUAUAAAUGGAGAAUCAUCUCUCUUUCCAGAAUCAUUACCCGAAGAGAAGGAAAUGGGCGCUAUUAAACGUGUCAAGGUUGACGAUUUAACCGGAGCAAGCAUAAACACUGAGUCUGAAUAUGAUACCGACACAGCAUCUCGUCGAUCACCCACCCUCAAAAAAUCACCUGUGAUGAUUCGCCGUUUCCAAAAAGCCGUCAAUAAUUUGAUUAUUUACUUGACUGAUCAACGACGCAUUCUUGCGUCAUUUCAAGACAAGCCCACAAUGCAAUGGAAAGGGAUUGAUAUAACUCCCAGGGAGAUCUAUCCAGCACCUCAUGACACUAAAAAAACACAAUUAGAGGAAGUGGCCACUAUAAUUGACACAUCGUUGUUUUUAUGUUACUUCCACGUCAAACCUAUGUUACUCGGCCCAUUGUUGCGACUUCCGUCCAAUCGCUGUGAUUCAAAAGUGGUCAAUCAGUGUUUGCUGCGAGGCAAUUUCGGAGCUAGUUUUAUUAAGGAAUUACUUGAUUUUUACUAUGGAAGGAAUUUACACGAUGAAGCAUUAUCCAUGCUCCACAAACUAGCCCAUGAGUCAACUGAUGAACUAGUACAAGGUCCAACAUUGACUAUACAAUAUUUGCAGAAACUAACUGGGGACCAUAUAGACCUUGUAUUCAAGUAUGCUGGUUGGGUAUUGGACGAGUGUGAUGAGAAGGUGAGUGAGUGCAGGUUAAUAUUUAUGAAUGAUAGUUAUCAAUGUGAGAGUUAUGAUCCGGAACAAGUGUUGAAUUAUUUGGUGGACAGGAACUUAGGCGUGGUUUACUUGGAGUGGUUAUUGAAUGAUAGUGAUUUUGAACUCAAGGGGAAACAACUUACCAAUUUCGAAACCAAACUUGCUACAUUGUAUUUGGACAGUCUUAAAUUAUUCACUGGAGACGAUGAGAAUUUUUAUGCAUUGGAGUACUACACUAAAUUAUAUAACUUCUUGAAAGUUCGAACUCAUUAUGAUCCCUGGAAAACCUUAAAGCAAAUCCCAACGACACAAGACAAGUUUCUCAGAUUGGUGAUAUUUGUGUAUAAACGAUUAGAAGAACAUCAAAAGUCGAUCGACGUGUUAUUUAACCAGUUGAAUGAUUUGGAAGGGGCCAUGGAUUAUGCACUUGACAUAUACGGUACCACACCUCAUCUUGGUACUGGGCUUUUUCAUAAACUUCUUGAUGAUUUAUUAAAUUAUGAUGAUAACUUUGAUAAAAUCGAGACAUUGCUUAGUUUGCACGGAACAAAAAUGCAGAUUCAUAAAGUAUUGACGCAACUCCCGGACACAUUCCCCAUCUCAAAACUAACCCAAUUCCUCACGCAUACAUUUGCCAAUAAUCAUAAGUUAUUACAUAAUAGCAGAAUAAAAGCGCAGUUAUACAAAGUUGGUACUGUCAAUAUGGAGGAUAAAGUGUUGAAGAUCCAGAGCGAAGGAUACAAGAUUAGCUCCAGCAAGCAAGCAUGUGCCGUGUGUAAUAAACGGUUGGGGUAUGCGGUGUUUGGAGUGACUAAGGACAACCAAGUUGUUCAUUAUGGGUGUUUACAGCUGAGAUGA